CGAUCGGAAACUGACUAGUUGGUUUACUGGGAAAAAAAAUACCUGCCAUAAACAACGGGCGAGUGGGAGAUACCACUUUCAUUAUCUGAUUACUCAUCACAGCUGAUCAAGCAUAUUUUACACAGAUCAAAUCAACAUGGCUCUCGCUCUCCCUGUGUCAGUCAUACAAGAGGCAAGGACUGUGAUCGAAGGCACCAAUGCUGAAUGUGACUUGGCUACAACUGUACACAAUUUUGUGCGACCAAUGGCCCCUAACAGCAAUUUUUCCAUGGCAAAAAUUGACGAAAUUCAACAGACGAUGUGGGAAAUGGAGAAAUACCUUCAAGGAACAGCUCCUUCGCCACUUACUCUGAGUCCUUUGAUAACAAGAAAGAGAAAAUUCCGACGAGAAAGCGCCAACGUCGUGAACGAUUACUUUACGUUUGAUGACGACUCUGGUGAUGACUGCGCUGUGGUCACGGAUGCGAACAACAACGAUGCGCUACCAGAGAAAGUUUUUGUGUCCGAAGUGGACACAUACAGUCUUGCUCCGGAAUUCACGAACACUACAACGAUCACAACAAUAAAUCCAGUACCUGUAGUGACAGGCAAUAUUCACAUCCAAAAUGACAACCGAUCUCACUACCAUCAACUGAAAGUUGUUCAACCACCUCGCGAUUAUACGGUUAUUUAUCCACCUACGCCGCCAAACUCAAAUCCUGGCUCUCCAGAAAUGGCAACCCAGCAAAUAUACUUGGGACCCCUUGGCCCUCCACCGCCAUACACCCCUCCAACUGUACUGAUCCCACAACAACGACGAGGCUCGCCUGAACUUCAACGAAGGAGGAUCCAUCACUGCGAGCACCCCGGUUGUAACAAAGUAUACACAAAGAGUUCACAUCUCAAGGCGCACAUGAGAACUCAUACUGGAGAAAAACCAUAUAAAUGUACUUGGGAAGGCUGCGAGUGGCGAUUUGCUCGGUCGGAUGAACUGACCAGACAUUAUAGGAAACACACUGGAGCCAAACCAUUUAAAUGCCAGUUUUGUGAUAGAGCUUUCGCCAGAUCAGAUCACUUGGCACUACACAUGAAACGCCAUCAACCACAACAGCAAUCUUAGAGGAACUGUGCAUGAAUAAAGUAGAUAAAUAUCGUGUUUCUCACGACGAGCAAAACUUACGGUUCCAUUUGCUCCGAACUGAAAAAGAAAAGAUUUGGUUACAAUGUGAUCACAACGAUGCUGUAAGCGCACCAAGUGUGGCAUGGGGAAAUGAACAUUGUCUUUCAAUCGGUUACAUCAUCGUUUGAUAACUUUCUUGUGGUCCACUUUAUUGAACGUUACAAGCCGUAUUGAACAUUAUCCAUCGUUCUGUUAAAGUGUGGGACCGAAAUGACAGCUUGAUCUUUUGAAAUGAACCCAGAAAUCGGAUGAUUAACCCAUUGCUUUAGCGCUGUCAUUUUCUUUCACUAAGAGUGCGUUUUAAGCGCUCGCAACUUAACUGUCACAGGAUCAGAAUUUUAGUGAAAAGAAAAGAUAUGAGACUCGAUUUAAAAUAUUUUGAGUUAAAUAAACGUUUGUAAAUAAGAAGUAUGUCAAAAAAAGAAAAGAAGAGAUGUAUUUUUAUGUAAUGGAAUUUUUAGAGGUAAUAUUUAUAUGAUACCGUGUUAUUUUAUUCAAAAGAUGAGAAGAAGAAAAGAGUAUCAAAUAAAAAAAGCUAGAAUUAUA